AUGUUGAGAGGUGAAGGAAGCAAGCUAGCGUUCACAAGGAGGGAGAUGAUAAGAGGAGCAAGGAGGAUACUCAAAACACAAACCAAGGAGGACAUAGAAGAGGUUGAGAGGGUGAGGGAAGAAAGGAGAACCAAAAGAAGGAAUGAUCCUCUCAGCAAAGAGGGUGAAGAGAUCAAUCAAGAGAUUGAGGAGAGUGAGCAUGAGGGCAAUGAGAAUGUGCCCAUGGAAGAGGAGGAGUCAAGUGAAGAAGAGGAUGAGCUCCCCAUGUACCAAGAGCACUAUGAUGCUCUUUUCUCCAUGGACUUCAUGGACACCAAGUACCCACAUGUUGACACCAUGAAGGCCCUUGGAAUCUUUGAAGAUGUGGAGUUGGUCCUCAAGAACAUGCACUUGGCCAAGCUCUUCUCCUACCACAUGGAAUCCUACAAGGAGCUCACUUGCGAGUUCCUAGCUUCAAUGAGGUACCACAUGUAUGAGGAAGAAGAUAGAGCUGAUUUGGACCAAGGAUUGGGAUGGAUCACGUUCUUGGCUAAGGGAGAGAAGAGAAUGGUGACCUUUAGGCAGCUGGAGAUCUUGUUUGGGUUCAACUAUGGAGAAGGAACCAAGUGGAACUUCAAGGAAAAGGAACUCCAAGAGGGUUUGGGCUACAAUCGCUGA